UUAAAGCAAAUACAGAUUCUCAUACAAAUUUUCAUUUGUAAAUUAAUUUGCUGCAAUUGUAAUUGAAUCAAUGUCAGAAUCAAUGACUGACAUAAUACCGGCAGUUCCCCGCGAAGAACUGUGUGCACUGCAAACGGUUAUAUCGAAAUUGGAAGACCAUUUAAAAACUACCAAUGUAAAACUUUUCAAUUUUCGGAAGCUCAUCAGAACCGAAUCGAACAUUAAAUCACGCAAUAUUUACUUGAGUAAAGUAUAUUCCAUGGUUAAAGAGCAACACACAAUACAAAGAAUACUGGAAAAUUACCAAACAAAGCUGAAAGAUUUGGAAGCCCGAAAUAAACAGAAAUCGGAUGGAACGAAUAAUCAGCAGCAUACUAAAAAUGCUAAGCUCUUCGAACUAUUUCAUAAUUAUGAGCCAAUAGAAACAAGAUUUGAGAAUAAGCAGGUUAAGACUUGUGAGCCUUUGGCUCUUGCAAAAAAGCGCAAGUCUGGAGACGACGGGAAAAUUGAAGAUCUUAAAGAUGCCAGACCCAAGCCAAUUGUCAUUAAUAACCAUGGCGAGACGAUGAAAUUCCUAAAAGCUCACGUUAAGAAGCGCAUUAUAGAAGGGGAACAGAAAUCAAAAGUAGAGUUUACAAUUCCUGUAAUUAAUAUAGUGGAUGAUUCAGUGCAUGAAGCUCACAUAGUGGAGGAUACAGUUGGUAAAGCUCAAAUGGCAGAGGAAACGAAGGAUAUAGAUGCUGAAGCUCAGAUGGAGAAGGAACCGAAACAUGUAGAUGAUGGGGUUCAGAUGGAGGAGGAAGCGAAACAUGUAGAUGAUGAAGUUCAGAUGGAGGAGGAACCGAAAUAUGUUAACGAUAAAGGUAUAAUGGUGGAGGAAACAAAGGAAUCAACGCAUUCUAAUAUAACAACAGAUCGAUUAGGACCGGAACAUCAAGCUACAAAUAAAGAAGAUGACAUUACGAACGCCAUCUCCAUCGACAAUCAUGCCGAGGCUAUGCAAUGUUUGAAGGCCCUGCAAGAAUAUGCCAUGCUGAAUGAGAAUUUUCGUGCUAUUGGACUUUUAACGGAAACGGAAAAAGCAUUCAAAAGUCCGCCGAACCUUUCCGACUUUGAGCUAUAGCAAUCGUGAUAUGUCUAUAUGCAUGUAAAUAUAAGUGUAAUUAGGUCAA